AUGGCUCGUCCAAGUCUGUUGACACAAUUCAGACUCCUCCAAGCACCAGCUGCUGCCCCGCGCGGUUCUUCCACUCCAGUCGCUGGUCUUGUGAAUGCCAGGGAAAAUACUCCCAUGACAGACUUGGCUGCCGACCGCAGGGCCACAACAGACAAUGAUAUCGACAGUGAACAUGAAAGAAAACAGCUCAAACAAUUUGCUACCGAUGCUUGCAAGGCCCAUGGCCUGCCUGACAAUGCUUUGGACGACUUUCUCAAUGUCAAGUCCGUCAAGGAGAUGUUCUUAAAUUUGAUGGCAACCCUGCUCACAAUGCAAAGGGCCGCCAAACGAUCUGCAAGUCAGGACUUUAUUGCUUCGGAUGAUUUCAAGGGUAUCAUGAAAGAUAGAUUACGUGCAUGUUUACUAUCACCGAACCUGACAGGAUAUGUCCUUGAGCUUGCAGACAAUGUCAUCGCCUAUGCAAAGAAACACCCUAUGACUUUCAAAAUUCCUGAUGGAACUUUCGAGGAUUCAGAGAUGUCGGACAUGGUGACUACAUUCAUCAAGGAGAAUUUGACCGCACAGUGGGGGAGCGUGAAGCAAAAGAUCAAUCAUAGCCUCAAAACCAAGGCAAAUAUAUCUGUCCUUGCGAAGUCUCUAGCAUCAAUGGGUCACGAAGUUACAGUGGCACACUGGGCACGCUUUGCCUUUCUGCGCAGUACCUUUGUCAGCUUCCAGACCGUCGUUGAGCAGGCUAAGGCCACAUCGGCAGCUCAGGACAGCGCUGUUGCUGUCGUGGAGAACAGGGACUCUGAAGUCAUCAACUCCCCUGAGGCCCCAGGUCCAGGUCCAGCCACAAGCGAGAACGAAGAACCCGAUGGAGUCACAGUUGCCGAUAUGAUAGAGAAGGCACGGAACUGGGUAUCAACCGAAUAUUGGGAAUUUGUCGACCUUCUCCUUUGUGAUGUCAGGCAGGAAGCUCGUGCCAUUGGGAAGACACCAUUGGAACGUGAAAAGAUAGUCGAGACAUAA